AGCACGGCGCCGCCCUUGUCGAUGUUAACUCGGCCGCACCAGUCGGCCUUGGGGGCGGGGCUGUAGGGGAAAGUGCCAAAGCUGCUGAGGCCCUGAAUUCUAAGACCAUUCCUGAGCUGUUUUGUUCCAGUUUUGGGACGCCACCAAGUGAUCAAUUUGGAUAUUACAUUUGGAUGAAAAAGUGAAGUGAGAAUUCUACUGGAGAGGAAAUGGCUGCCUCAUCAUCAUCCUCCUCAGCUGGUGGGGUCAGCGGAAGUUCUGUCACUGGAUCUGGUUUCAGUGUCUCAGACCUUGCCCCACCACGGAAAGCCCUUUUCACCUACCCCAAAGGAGCUGGAGAGAUGUUAGAAGAUGGCUCUGAGAGAUUCCUCUGUGAAUCCGUUUUCAGUUAUCAGGUGGCAUCGACGCUUAAACAGGUGAAACAUGAUCAGCAAGUUGCUCGGAUGGAAAAACUAGCUAGUUUGGUAGAAGAGCUGGAGGCAGAUGAGUGGCGGUUUAAACCCAUCGAGCAGCUUUUGGGCUUCACACCCUCUUCAGGUUGACCUUGCCUGGAUGUUCACCUCUGGUGCACAAGUACAGGUCCAGCGAGAAACUUUUGUUACAGAUUACAUAGCCAUCCAGAGACUCACAGCUCCAUCCCCGAAUUGUUAUUUCACAUGCGUACUUGGUUUCUCUGUAUCUAUCCACAAGCAACAAAAACUUAAAUGUGUGAUCUUGCAGGGAGAAUUUUUGUUUGUUUUAAAAAGUAUUGAGAAUCAUAUUUAGACAAUCAGUGUCAGAGAACCAAGAGGUUUGGGUUUAAGAGAGAUUUAUAAAACUUCACAAGCCAGGACACAUCCCCGAAUUGGCCAACUGAAUGGCAUCCCUCCUGUCAUUUUGUGCAGUUCCUAGAAUCCUCCACCCCUCAAGUCCAAGGUCAAGAACUGGAGUUAGAAAAUACAGCAUUUCUAAAAAAAAAGAAAAGAAAAGAAAAGAAAAUACAGCAUUUCUGACCUAAAACAGUUCUUUCUGCAAAUGAAUGUGGUUUCAACUCAGGACCUGUCCAAAUUAGGAAUUUUUAAAUGUUGGGGGUUUUUUUCUAUUUUUAAACAUCUAAUUCUAUAGAUUCUAACUUUUUCUAACCUCUUCUAGGCAUGCCAGAUGCUGGCAAAAAGAACUGCUUUUUAAAUGUUGAAGCACUUGUAAAAAUAAAGCAGUGAGCAAAAUCCUUUUAAACAUAGAAAUCCUGAGUUCAUCGUGUUGGUGGGCUCAGGCAAUUCCGUAGCAAAUAAAUCCUUUGAAAGAGCUCCA